GAUUAUUAUCAAACCCACAUAACAAAUAUACUUAGAGAAAAAAGAAAAAAAAAAUAGAGAAUGACACUAGGAGGAUAUAUCUCUGUUGAGUUUGAUAUCAAGUCUCCGGCGUAUAGAUUCUGUCAAGGUUACAUGGCGCUAGCGAAAACCACAAGAGACCAAUUUUCGACUGAGGAGUUAAAGGUUGAUCUACCUUCGGAGAAGAAAAAGGUUCGGCUAAGAAUGGAGGGCUUUGAGAUCUCGGAGUGGUUCAACACGCUGAUAAUACCUGAUCUCAUAGACAGUGAUGAUGAUGAUGAAGACGAGGCCAACUCGCGAGACCCAGAUUACUUCACGAAGCUCGAAGGAACCAUGACCGUCAUUCAGACGGAAGGCUGUGACGGUGGCCGAGCAAUCUGGACCAUACAGUAUGAGAAGGUUAGCGAAGACAUCAAGGACCCACGUUUCAUCGCCGACACUACUACAAGAUACUUUCAGGCGAUGGAUAAGAGAGUCUUCUCAAAUCCUUAGAAUGAUCCGAAAUAGUCAAAACAAAGUAUAUAUAUAUCGAUCAUACAGUUUAUAAUAAUUUAUGUUACUAGUUAUCGUUUAAUUAUGGUUGGCAUAUAGGAAGUAUUUGCUCUUGAAGCUUUCAAGAUGCAUAAUUAUCAUAUCGAUCUGCAUAUUAUUGUUGUAUCGACGAUAAAUUUCUAAUAAAAGGAAUCAUUUCUUAA